AAAACACCCUGUCGUAAAAAUCACCAUUGAGGUGUUGCUGAGAUACACAGUUAUAAAUAAAAAAAAAAAAAGAGCAACAAUAACAAUAAAAUAAUAAAAAAUCAGGAUUGAAUUAAAAGUGAUAAGUAAAUAAUGAUAUUGUGAAUUUAUUAAAAUCAUCAAUAUUUGUGUGCUAUUAUUAGGAUUACCAAAACUAUCGAUGAUCCAUACAUUGUCUUCCUGAUAUUACACUGUUGUUUGUGUUUAUUACAUAAAAAAAAAAAAAGCUAAAUUUGAUCUACAAUUAUUUAUUGAAAACAUGGCUGCAGCUGCAGCAGCCGCACUUCUUGAUGAAUUAAUGGGAAGAAAUAGAAAUGUUCUUCCAAAUGAAAAACCCAAAGAACUCAACUGGGAAGAUCCUGAGUUUUGCAAAUUGUAUCUUGUUAAAUUUUGUCCUCAUGAUUUAUUUGUAAAUACACGAGCUGAUCUUGGUGCUUGUACUCGUGUUCAUGAUGAUGAAGCACGUGAUUUAUUUGAAAAAGCUGUCAACUCAUACAGAAAACAGCAAUAUGAAGAUGAAUUUAUUAGAUUUUGUCAAAGUAUGCUUAAUGAAGUUGAAAGAAAAAUUGUCAAGGGUAAACAAAGACUGGCUUUAAUUGGUAAAGCUGAAGCUCCAGCAUUAAGUCCAGCUCAAACACAAAAAAAUGAAGAACAAAUAGCCCUAUUAACUGAAAAAAUCAAUAAACUAGUUGAAGAAGCUGAACAAAGUGGUAUUCAAGGCAAAGUUGAACAAGCACAAGGACUCAUGAGACUAUGUGAUUUGCUAAAAGAUGAACGUGAAACACUUAGGAAAUCGAAUGACAAUAGCCAUUAUUAUCAGACUGCAGAAUUGGCUGCAGCACAAGAAAAACAAAUGGAAGUUUGUGAUGUAUGUGGAGCAUUUCUUAUUGUUGGUGACGCCCAGCAACGUAUUGAUGAUCAUUUAAUGGGUAAACAACAUGUUGGUUAUGCUAGAUUAAAAAGUGCCCUAGAUGAAAUAAUGGCUAGAAGAGAAAAAGCUCGUGAUGAAAAAGAGCAAAGAAGAGAUGAAGAAAGAAAACAAAGAACUCGUGCUAAUGAUGAAAAUGAUAGAAAAAGAAGAGAUGUUGGUGAUAGAGAUAGAGAAAGAGAUAGAGAUCGGGAACGUGAACGUGGAAGAGAUAGAAAUAGAGAACGUGAAAGAGAUAGAGAUAAUGAUAAACGUCCAAGACGUGAUGAUGAUAAAAAUCGUCAUGAUACACACAGAAAUUCUCAUAAAAGUCGUAGUAAAUCACGUGAACGUAAUGAUCGUCAUAGAGAAGAUGAAAAUCACAGACGUCAUAACAGAGAUAAAUUUAAUCGUGAUCAUCAUCGAAUUUCAAAUAACCAUGGACGUCGACGUAAUCGAUCAACAAGUCGAAGUCACAAAUAACACGUUUCUCGAUUGGUUAGUGAGUGAGAAAACAAUUCAGGUAUGCACUAAGUAUAUAAAUAAAAUAAUUAAAAAGUGUCAAAUUAUAUACAGGUUUUUUAAUAACAAGGUAAGGUCAUCAUUAGUAUGCACAUAAACUAUUUUUUUUUUCAUUUUUUUUUCUUUAUCAGUGAACAAACAAUAACAUGAAAAAUGAAGAAAUUAUGAAUUUUUAAAAUUAACAAUACAUGCGAUAAACAUCGAAACGCGAUUCCUCCUUCGUCGCAAAUAAUAAAUAAUAAAUAAAUAAUUAUUAAUAUAAUAUUUCGGAUAUUUUUAAUUAAUAAUAAACAUAACAAUUAUAAUAAAUAAUUAUAUAUUAUUUUGUAUUAAUUAAAAAAUAAUUACACAGAGCAAGGUGGGAGAAGGUAUACCUGCACUUGCUUUGAUUUAAAUUAGAAAAAAUAAGAAAUUAAGAAAUAAAAAUAGUUUAAACACAUUAUAAAUUUAUUUAAAUUAUCAUUUAAUACAACAACAACAACAGCAACAAGUGUAUUCCAUAUAGUUUUUUUUUUUUGUUAUUACGAUUUUUAUUUUUAUAUAUUGAGUAAGUAAAUUAAAGUGGUUUAGUGAAGGAUACAGUGCCAAAACUACCUGUCGCAUCUGCCAUGACAAUGCCCUGUGUGACUGACAAUACAAUCCUAGCUUCUGCCACGCAUUGAAUUGAGGUAUUUAUAUCGGAAUGAUGAUACCAAACCAGAAAAAAAUAUAA